AUGUUAUUAUGUUUAGGUACUACCACCACGCAGCCGUCGACCACUGUCACGAUCACAUCCAAUGACUGCACAUCUAACUGGACAGGCGUCAGUAUCCUCUAUCAUUGCGAUAAUUGUGCUAAUGUAAUUCCGUACGCCCAAUAUACAUAUACAUAUGUAGCAAUUGCCACUGCAACUCGCAUUUCAUUCGCUUUUCGAGAAGAUAUUGGUUUGUUUCUGCUCGAUGACGUAUCUGUGGUCAACGUUAAUGCACCAAGUGUGCAGCUGAUUGUCAAUGGAGGCUUUGAAACAGGCUCGCUCUCAUCGCCAUGGAUCUAUUGCAAUCCAUACGGUGCAAGUGCCGCUGCUUUCAUUUUGUCAAAUUCAGCCAAUUUAAAUUGGGGUGGUGUUACAUUUUUGGCUCAUAGUGGCUCCUAUUGCUAUUGUGAUGGGGCUGUGACCUAUGCAGAUUAUCUUAGUCAGACGUUUCCAACCAACGUCGGGGAUACGUACAAUAUUUCCUAUUGGAUAUAUAAUUGUGGCAGUGGUUCAGCGAGCAGUGCUGAUGUUUUGCUUAGCAUUUAA